AUGGCUGAACGCCUCACAGACCAGCAGGUCGCCGACUUGGUUGACCUGCUGCGCAGCAAUGCUCCCCUCGACCACAAGGUCAAUGCCGUGACCAACGUCAAGUCGGCCAUCAAGCAGCACAACGUCCCCGAGGCCUGUAUCGCACAGCUUUUCGAGGCCCUGCGCAAUGCAACCACCGCCCAGCAUGCCGUCCUUGUCAACGCCGGCUUCACUGCCCUGGGCCACCUUUUGACGCGACUCUCGCGCCAGGAGCCCAAGCACAUUGGAAAGGAGGCCGUUCGCACCCUCCCCGUCGUCAUCGAAAAACUGGGCGACCAGAAGGACAAGUACCGCACACUGGCUUCGCAGGCGCUCACCACCAUCUACGCAGUGAACCCUGGCGAGGUUGAGCGCGUGGUUCGCACCACGGCCAUGUCGGGCAAGAACCCCCGCGCCAAAGAAGCUGGCCUGCAUUGGCUUCUCCAGAUGCACCAAGAUCACGGCUUGCAAUUUAGAGGCUACGUCCCACUGCUUAUGGAGCUGCUCGAGGACGCCGACGGCAUGGUCCGAGAUGCCGCCAAGCACACAGUCAUUGAGCUCUUCCGAAAUGCGCCCAACACUGCCAAGUCCGACCUCAAGCGACAGCUCAAAAACUACAAAGUCAGACCCGCGAUCGAACAGGCCAUCAUCAAAGAACUAGCCCCGAACGGCAUGCGCUCCGAAACACCAUCUGCACCCGCGCCAGCCAGUCGACCGCUUCCUACCGCCAGCGUAUCGUCCAUGUCGAGCGAGCGCCCCAUGACCCCAGCUGUACCAGAGUCUCAGGCGGACCCAGUCGAGCCCCAAUACGUUAAUACCAACCGCGAACUAGAUGAAAUUUUCAAGGGCAUGGCCUGGCAGUACGAAGGCCGCGAAACAGAGCAGAAUUGGCAAAAGCGAGAGCAGGGCAUGACCACCCUCCGUCGACUGAAUGCCGGAAAUGCUGCUUCCGAUUUUCAAGACAUGUUCGUCAACGGCCUCCGUGGCAUGCUCGAUGGCAUCAUCAAGUCUCUGACGUCGUUGCGAACGAGUCUGUCCAAGGAAGCCUGUGCUCUGAUUGAGGAUAUCGCUCUUACUCUUGGCCCUGCCAUGGAGCCCAUGGUUGAGUUGCUGAUGCAGGCUUUACUCAAGAUGACUGCGGCAACGAAGAAAAUUACCUCGCAAAUGACAGGUUCGACAAUCGACACCAUCAUUAGCCGCAUUUCCUACACACCUCGCAUAAUGCAACACAUCUGGAGCGCUUGCCAGGACAAGAAUAUCCAACCACGUCUCUAUACCAGUGGCUGGCUCAAAACGCUCAUCAAGAAGACGUCGGGCAACAAGCAUCAUAUCGAACAUACGGGCGGAGUUGACCUCAUCGAAAAGUGUCUGAAAAAAGGCCUGGCUGAUGCCAAUCCUGGCGUCCGAGAAAAGAUGAGAUCUACAUAUUGGAUGUUUUGGUCUGUGUGGCCAGCCAGAGCAGACGCCAUUAUGGAGGACCUGGAUGCUACCGCUCAAAAGCUUCUCAACAAGGAUCCCAGCAAUCCCAACUCUCCUAAGAAGUCUGAGGCCGUUAGACCUGGCAGCAGCCUUUCUCGAACUGGAAAGACGGCAAGCAGACCCAAUAUACGCGAGGCAAUGCUGGCCCAGAAGCGGGCCAUGGCUGCUCAGAAGUUGCCGCCGCGUCCCGGCUCAGCAAUGGCGCAGCUAUCGCCAGCACGCACAUCAAACAGUUCGACACACCCCACACAGCCUGCUCACACCGGUGCACCGAAAUCCGCAAGCCGUAUGAAAGCAGAAUCUACUAUUUCUGUGAAUGCUGGUGGUAUGUCGGUUGCGCCUAUGCGGCCGUCCAGGAGACGCCCCGAGGUCGCCAGACCCGCCACUGCUGGACCAUACUCCGUUCGUGAUCAGCCUGGUUUGGAGAUCAAUAGUCCUGACUCUCUCAAAUCCAGGAGCCAGACGCCGCGAGUUGUCAAGGACUCCACGCCUAAGAAGGCGGUUUCCCGAACUCAUCCUGGCCAUGUUUCCCACGGUAGUGAGUCUAGCAUUCCUUCGCCUAGUUCCAGGCUCGGAGCCAAACCGAGAGUAGUCUCUCCUCGAACCAGCCCCGCAAUGCUUAGAAUGCCACAGGAGGACACACUCGGAUCAAGUCCGAGCCGCCACAGCCCUGGUAAAACAAUCCCAUUUCGUCCGUCGCCCACAAAGGUGCACGAGGAUAUCAGCCUGGUUGUGCCUAGCAUGCCAAGCCUGGAGUCUGCUUCGACCAUUGUUGUCGAUAAUGAUGAGCUCGAUGCGAAUGUCCCUGUUACGCCAACACGAGUGGUAGCCCAUAUUCCUCGCCAUGCUGAGCCUCAACCGCAUACUGAGUCACUGAAAGUGUAUGAGGACCCUGAUGCCGAAAUGCAAACUACGCCGAAGCUCGAAGUGUCAGCUCCUGUGCUCGAGGAGAAGGCUGUCAACGAAGAUGCAGCCAAGCUUCAAAAGGCAGCGGAACUGACGGCGGCUCCAAUGGAGCCUGAAUCGCCUGAGAAGAUGCGCCAGAACUCUCGACUUCUGGAUAGUGGCAUCGCCAAGAUAAAGGCCAUGUCCCUGGAGGUCCACGGGUUCCGCAAACUGCAGUCGCUCAUUAGGGACAGCAGGACCAUGUUUACCGACGACAAGUUUGAAGCCCUUUUAGUUGGUCUGUUCAGAUAUCUCGAGAACCCUCUUUCCAACCUACCGUCCGACAAGGGUCAGGAUAUCAAGGCGCAGAUCCUUGCUACCAUCAAGCUUUUGCUCAAGAAAGAGAGAGAUAAUUUUCAGCCCCACGUCUCCCAAGGUCUUGAGGCUCUGCUACAGACGCGCAGUGCAUACGACUCUCGGGCACACGUUGUUAGCGGCUUGGAGCUUCUUGCAGAUGAACUCGUCGGCAUCGGCGAUGGCUCCGAGAUUGUCGUUGUCCUGACACGUCAACUACAUGGCAUCACCGACGCCACCACUGAGGGCUGCCGCAGCCUCAGCAUGGGCCUCCAUGUCCUUAAAGAAAUGCUCGACAAGCGCACUGAGUUUCGGCCCACGUCGGGUGAGCUGGACCAACUGACGGGCCUGGCCAGUCAUUGUCUGGAGUCGACCAACUCGGGCGUGCGCAUGGACGCGGUUAAGUUUUGCGUGGCACUUCACACGCGCGUCGGCGAGGCGACGUUUUGGGAAGCGCUGAGCGGAAUCAAGGAUGACCCAAAGAGUCUGAUUACGUAUUAUAUUGUGAAGCGCGAGCGUGAACAGCAGGCUUGA